AUGGAUACAGCCAUCAAAGAGAAUAAAUCUGAGACAACCAUCAAACAGAAUAAAGCUGAGAAAUCCAGCAGGCAGAGUAAAUCUGAGACAAGUAACAGACAGGCGACAGUAGCAAAAGUCAGUCAGACAGACUGCAAUUGUCCAUUUAUUCCCGCCGUCCUGUUGGAAGAGUGUGGCAACACGUCUCUGCCCCUGCUACGCAACAAGGAAAUUUGGUUCGGAAACAAAUUUCGCAUCCAGAAAAUCUUCGCAGUUUCUGGGAUUUCCGCAGCCAUCAUCUUCAGUGUUCUGAUGUCGGACAUCAUCAGCGAUUGUCUGGAGAUCAGUGCCAUCAACGUGGACGAUGUGUGUUUUACAG